AUGGGGAAGAUUGCAUUCUUCGAGGAUAAGAAUUUCCAAGGCCGAAGCCAUGAGUGCUGCACCGACUGUCCUGACCUGCGUUCUUACUUCGGCUGCUGCAACUCCGUUAAGGUGGAGAGUGGCUGCUGGGUGCUGUACGAGCGUCCCAACUAUACUGGCAACCAGUACAUCCUGAGCUCCGGGAAAUACCCUGAUCACCAACAGUGGAUGGGAUUCAAUGAUAGCAUAAAGUCAUGCCGCUCUAUCCAAAAUGUAUAUGGAAAGUCAUGGAAGAUCAGAUUCUACGAAAAGAAGGAUUUCAAAGGUCAGGCUGCAGAGUGUGUUGAGGAUUGCGCAUCUGUUUACGAGACCUUCAAGUUCCAGGAAGUUCACUCCUCUGUGGUUAUGGAUGGUGCGUGGGUCCUCUACGAGCAACCCAACUACUGCGGGCACCAGUACUUCCUGGAACGUGGCGAGUACAACAACUACACCGACUGGGGCGCCACGUCCCCUGCUGUGGGAUCCUUCCGCAUGAUCACGAAGUUCUAG